AUGGACUCGCGAUACCACCGCUCCUCGUCGCCGCGCCGCGCCUACAACCCGGCCCGCGCCUCGACAGGCACCUUUGCCGACCCCUACACCUCGUACGACUACUCCACCUACCGGCCCAGCUCCCCGCGCUCGAGCGCCGACCGCCUUUCGGGCUCCUCGUCCUCGCACCACCACGUCAGCCCACACGCGGGCUCCUCGUACGCCAGCUAUGUCCCCAGCAGCUCCACCGGCUCCCGCGCGAGUGCCGCCAAGUACGACUCGUACGGCACCCGCCCGCGCCGCAACACCGAGGACCGCAUGAGCCGCCCCAACGUCGCCUCGCUGACCUCGCUGCCCCUCCGCACCCCCUACUCGCAGGACCACCGCCCCUCGAGCCCCCUCACCCAGUCGCACGCCCGCACCGCCCACGCCCACGCCCACGCCCACGCCCACGCCCACGCCCACGCUGACACGUACAUCACCCACGGCUCCUCGCACCAAAACACAGCCUCGAGCCACAAGAAGAUCUACAGCGUCGACAGCAGCCACACCGCCAAGCUGGUCGCCGAGACAGACACCCUCGACUCGCCCCGCCACAGAGACAGCGGCUAUGGCGUCGUCACCAGCGGUCGCAGCAGCUACCACCCGAGCAGCACCAGCACCGCCACCAGCACCGCCACCAGCACCACCAAGCCCUCGACCCGCCACGCCCACGCCGAUCUGGGCGACAACGGCUACUCGUACACCGACCCCGCCAGCAUGUACCGUGACACCGAACCCGCCUGGCGUCGCCCACGCGCCGGCAGUCUCGAACGCGGCCCUCGCCCCACCAGCAUGGUUGUCGACCGCCCGCCCCGCAGCUCAACGCGCGAGCUCGGCCCCCCACCUUCCACGCGCGGAUUCGACAAGAUCAACACGGUCGUGCCCCGACAUGCUGGCAGGGCCAGCUCCAUCGAACGACGUGACAGGUACCAGGAUCCGUACGCGUCGGAUUCCGGCCCACACCGUUCGUCGUCGAUGCGCCACGCACCAGCCGUCCACCAGGAGCCCCCACGUGAGGCGCGUCGAGCAGACACCUACGACGACUACGACCGGCGGGGCAAGGAGGUCGAGAACAAGCGCCACAGCACUGUCGACCGUGGCUUCGAAGACCACCAAGUAGCCUCGCGCGGCUUUGGCAUCGCUACCGGCAACCCCAGCCUCGCCCACGACCAAUACGCCCUCGAUCGACAGCCGCUGUACGCCCCUCAUGAGACACAGAGAGCCCCUCCGGUCGACCAUGCACCCUCUGGCUACCACCCAGAUCGAGGGGCUGAGGCUCGUCGCCCUGAGAGGCCCGUGUCGACCUACGAUUCGUACGAUGCGCCUCGCGCCGAACGCCCUCGCACCGAGCACAAGCGUGACGGCAGCCGGCAGGACGCCACCACCAACCGCGAAAGUCGCGCAGUCCCUGUGGCCGCUGGCGCUCUUGCUGGCAUGGCAGCCACAGCCGGUAUCGCUGCUGCGGCAGGCAAGGCCAAAGAGAGAGAGCGCGAGGAGCGAGAGUCAUCAGAGGAGCGAGAGAGACAGAGGCGAAGAGAGUACGACGAGCGAGACCGACGCGAUGGCCGCGAACGACGCGAGAGGGCACCUGAAGAUCGCCGCGAGCCCGAGCGUCGUGAAGCUCUACCCCCUCCCCCACCACCGCUCCAGCCUGCUCCCUCCGUGGCCGCCCCUGCCUAUGCCAUGGCUCAAGAGACUGGCCGCCCCCUCUCACGUGAUCGACCCUAUCCCAACGAAGAGAACCCGCCACCGAAGCCUCCUCGCAAGACGUCGCCAGAGGGAAGCGAUGUGGAGAGGCCUCGGCACUACGCUGAGCGUGACUCGGACCGCAGCCGGAAGGAGCCCGCGCCAGCAGUGGCCGCUAUAGAUCCAGACGAAGAGUACCGUCGCCGUAUCGCCCAGGCGGAGAAGGAGGCAGAGCAGAGCCGCCGUGCUGCUGCUGAUCGACAGGAUAGCGACUCAGAUGGUGGACGUGAUCGUCGACGCCGCCGAGAUCGAGGAGAUCGUGAGCGGUCCAGGUCGAGGUCACGGGGCCGAGACGAGCGAUCCCGUGCUUCCCCACCAGCCCAGUCACUCUCACGCUACAACGACCGCGGUCUUGUAGAGGAGCCCGAAUCCGUCGACAAGCUCAACCCGGACGCACCCGGUAAGAGCGUGCAAAUUGUUGUGCCUCGCAAAGACCAGUCGCCUCCCAUCAAGGGCAUCCUACGCAAGCCAACGGAGAAGUUCCCCGAAGACCCUGAGCCGAUCCGUGAAGGCGUCGCUCCGCACAAGGACUCUCUCAAGGGCAAAGACAUCCCUGUCGGCGCCCGCUGGACUCGCAUUGACCGCAAGCUCGUCAAUCCGGAAGCUCUCGAACGCGCCAAGGAGCGAUUCGAAGAGCGCCAGGAUUGCGUCAUCGUGUUGCGGGUUUUGACAAAGGAGGAGAUUCAGAAGCUCGCGGAUAAGACGAAGCAGAUCCGUGAGGAGCGAGAGGAAGAGUACGAGCGUGAGCGCCGCGAUCGUGAUAGGAGCCGUCACCGUAAAGACAGGGACGGUGAGGAUCGCGACUAUGACCGCGACUAUGACCGCGACGGACGCCGUAGACGCCACGACGAUGAGAGCGACUACGAUGAAGUGCUGCGCGAGAGGGAGAGGGAGCGCGACCGUCCCAAGAUGCUGGAACCUGCGAGGUGA